AUGAAUAUUUAUCAAUCAUUGUAUAGAAUACAAAAAAGUUUCUAUCGUCGAGCAUCAUAUGACAUCAAAAAAAAAAAUUACUAUGAAAUUCUUGGUAUUCCAAGAGAUGCUUCUAAUAAUGAAAUAAAAAAGGCAUUUUUUGAAAAAUCACGUGAGUUACAUCCUGAUGGAGAUUUAUACAUAAAUAAUAAUGAUAAUAAUUCGAUUGACAAAAAUUAUUGGUCUUUUAAAAGUAAAACAAUAUUAUUUAUGGAGUUAAAAGAUGCUUAUGAUGUACUAAAAAAAAGUGAUACAAGAGCUGAAUAUGAUAGUAAAUUAUUUGAUUUAGAAUCAAGGGAUGGUUACUUAAUGGAAUGCACAUCAAGAGAUAGAUUUAUGAGAAAAAAUAUUUCAAAUUUGUUAUACAAAGGUUCUCCAUCAAUAAAAAAUUCUAUUAGAGAUGUUGGUGGACAUUUUUUAGAUCCAAAUGAACUUUAUGAAAGAGAAGAAAGAAACAAAAGAUAUUUUAUUUAUGGAAUUACAAUAUUUAUGUUAACUAGAAGGAAUGUUACAUGGAGGUUUAUGAGAUAUUUAAAUUAUUCUUCUCAGAAAUCUUUUUAUGAAAUUCUUGGUGUAUCUCCAAGUGCUAGUAAAAGUGAAAUAAAGGCAAAAUUUUAUGAAUUAUCUAAAAAAUAUCAUCCAGAUGUAAUUAAUGAUAAAGACUCAAAAGAAAAUUCUUUAAAAUUUAGGGAAAUAAGUGAAGCAUAUGAAACUUUAAAAAAUGAUGAGAAAAGAUCUCAGUAUGAUAGAAGUAGGGGUUAUGGAAAUAAUCAAUUUUGGCAAGCUCAUGAUUUUUCAAAUUAUCAAAAUCCAAAUGGGGGAUAUUAUUAUCAUAAGCAAACAUUUUAUUAUGGUCCUGAUAAAAAAUUUUCUCAACAACGUAGUAGUCGUUAUACACAAAAAGAUUUCGAAGAUAUAUGGCGUCGUUUUAAUAAAAAAAUGAAUAGUGAGGAACAAAAAGAGUAUGAAAAAUAUCAAGAAUUUUUAAGAAAUACACUAUGGAAAGAAUAUCAUGCAAGGAGAGAUGAGGCUUGGAAAAAACAUAGAGAAGAAUAUGAAAAAAAAAAUAAUCCAUUUUUUUUCUUUACAGGUACAUUUGCUAAAAUAGCUGGUAUAUACAUUGGUAUAUUCUUUGUAAUUACAUUGUUUCAAGUUUUUUUUGAUAGAAAUUUUAUGGGUUCUAGAAGAAUAAUGAAGAAAAAUGAUAAUUCAGGUGAACAAGUUAUUAAUGAAGAUAUGUAUAAACCAAUAAAUAUAAACAAUAUUCCACUUAAUUCUGGAAAUAUACAUGAUAAUACGAAUGUUGAUCAAAAUACAUUUCCUUACGGAAUGCCAAAAUAA